AUGGGAAAUUCCUUGGCUGGGAAUAAAUUCCAGGAGCUGAUAUUCUGGCUCACACGGCCCUUAUCUGCCUUCAUCAUUUUAGCCAACCUCUUCAUCAUCAUUGGGAUCAUCUUCAACCGCAAGAUCCAUGGUGCCAUCAACUGGUUCUUCCUCAGCCUACUUUGUGCUGAUCUUCUGGCUGGGACAGCCCUUCCAACCAUUCCACAGCUGGCCUUUGAAAAGGAAUGGGGCUACCACCUUUGCUUCUUCAUAUACUUGGCACCCAAUUUCCUCUUCCUCUCGUUCUUAGCCAACCUGCUGGUGGUACACUAUGCCAAGUAUGUGUGCAUCAUCCAUCCACUACACUACCACAAGUCCUGGGUGUAUCGUUGGGCUGCUUUAUACAUACUCUUGGCCUGGACUGCUCCUUUGAGCUUUGCCUGCCUGCCAAUCAUUUGGAACAGCUGGCAACCCCAUCGCAACUGUUCCUUCCACCUUGUCUUCCCCACACCUUACCUCUAUUUAGAGACCUACGGACUCCUCAUUCCCACCAUCCUUGCCAUGGCCUUCAUGUGCAUCCGAGUGUUGUGUGUAGCCCGAAGGCAGCUGAAGAACAUCACAAAGCUCCUUCAUUCAGUGAAUCGAGGCCAGGCCCCUUCGGCACUGGAGCAGCAGCUGGAACUGCGGAACGCUAAGGCCAUUGCCGGUGUCUCCCUCAUCUUCUUGGUCUGCUGGGUGCCAUAUAUUGCCUGCUUGAAUAUUUCAUUGCUAUCCUUACAAUACAACUCUGUAAGUUCUCUCACUCUCACUAUUGUCACCUGCCUAGGCAAUGGCAGCACAGCCACUGUGCCCAUCUUCCUCAGUCUUAGCAACCGCCAGUACUUACAGUUCUGGAGGGAUGUGGCCUCCAGGGUCUGUGGGAGCUGCUGCCCUGGACAGAAGCAAGCCAAGCCAAAAGCCACGAUACCACACAGUAAGUCUCGCAUCCCAGAGACAGACCCAAAUAGAGCACAAGACCCAUAUCUUCCCAGUGAUGAAGACCCCAAACCUUCAUCUGCAGCAGAUGAAGCCAGGGAGGUUUGA